AUGGACGUGGACGUGGACAUGGACAUGGACGUGGACAUGGACGUGGACAUGGACGUGGUCGUGGACGUGGACGUGGACGUGGACGUGGACGUGGACAUGGACGUGGUCGUGGACGUGGACGUGGACCUGGACAUGGACGUGGACGUGGACCUGGACGUGGACGUGGACGUGGUCGUGGACGUGGACGUGGACGUGGACGUGGACGUGGACAUGGUCGUGGACGUGGACGUGGACGUGGACGUGGACGUGGACGUGUACGUGGACGUGGACGUGGUCGUGGACGUGGACGUGGACGUGGACGUGGACGUGGACAAGGACGUGGACCUGGUCGUGGACGUGGACGUGGAUGUGGACGUGGACGUGGACGUGGACGUGGACAUGGACGUGGACGUGGACGUGGACGUGGACGUGGACGUGGAGGACUUGGACGUGGACAUGGCCGUGGACGUGGACAUGGACAUGGCCGUGGACGUGGACAUGGACGUGGACGUGGACAUGGACGUGGACGUGGACGUGGACAUGGACGUGGACAUGGACGUGGACGUGGACGUGGAUGUGGACGUGGACGUCGACGUGGACAUGGACAUGGACGUGGACGUGGAGGUGGACGUGGACGUGGACGUGGAGGUGGACGUGGACGUGGACGUGGACGUGGACGUGGACGUGGACGUGGACGUGGACGUGGACAUGGACGUGGUCGUGGACGUGGACAUGGACGUGGACGUGGACGUGGAGGUGGACGUGGACGUGGACGUGGAGGUGGACGUGGACGUGGACGUGGAAGUGGACGUGGACAUGGCCGUGGACGUGGACGUGGACGUGGACGUGGAAAUGGACGUGGACAUGGACGUGGACGUGGACGUGGACAUGGACGUGGACGUGGACGUGGUCGUGGACGUGGACGUGGACGUGGACGUGGACGUGGUCGUGGACGUGGACGUGGACCUGGACGUGGACGUGGACGUGGACAUGGACCUGGACGUGGACGUGGUCGUGGACGUGGACGUGGACGUGGACGUGGACCUGGUCGUGGACGUGGACGUGGACGUGGACGUGGACGUGGACGUGGUCGUGGACGUGGACGUGGAGGACUUGGACGUGGACGUGGCCGUGGACGUGGACAUGGACGUGGACGUGGACGUGGACGUGGAAAUGGACGUGGACGUGGACGUGGACAUGGACGUGGACGUGGACGUGGACGAGGACAUGGACGUGGACGUGGACGUGGAGGAGGACGUGGACGUGGACGUGGACGUGGACGUUUGGACGUGGACAUGGACGUGGACGUGGACGUGGAGGUGGACGUGGAGGUGGACGUUCGUGGACGUGGACGUGGACGUGGACGUGGACGUGGACGUGGACGUGGACGUGGACAUGGACGUGGACGUGGACGUGGACGUGGACUUGGACGUGGACGUGGACAUGGUCGUGGACGUGGACGUGGACGUGGACAUGGACGUGGACGUGGACGUGGAGGUGGACGUGGACGUGGACGUGGACGUGGACAUGGACGUGGACGUGGACGUGGACGUGGACGUGGACGUGGACGUGGACGUGGACUUGGACUUGGACGUGGACGUGGAUGUGGUCGUGGACGUGGACGUGGUCGUGGACGUGGACGUGGACGUGGACGUGGACGUGGACGUGGACGUGGACGUGGAGGUGGACGUGGAGGUGGACGUGGAGGUGGACGUGGAGGUGGACGUGGAGGUGGACGUGGAGGUGGACGUGGAGGUGGACGUGGAGGUGGACGUGGAGGUGGACGUGGACGUGGACGUGGACCUGGACGUGGACGUGGUCGUGGACGUGGACGUGGACGUGGUCGUGGACGUGGACGUGGACGUGGACGUGGCCGUGGACGUGGACGUGGACCUGGACAUGGACGUGGACGUGGACGUGGACGUGGUCGUGGACGUGGACGUGGACAUGGACGUGGUCGUGGACGUGGACGUGGACGUGGACGUUGACAUGGUCGUGGACGUGGACGUGGACGUUGACAUGGACGUGGCCGUAGACGUGGACGUGGACCUGGACAUGGACGUGGACGUGGACGUGGACGUGGUCGUGGACGUGGACGUGGACGUGGUCGUGGACGUAGACGUGGACGUGGACCUGGACAUGGACGUGGACGUGGACGUGGACGUGGUCGUGGACGUGGACGUGGACGCGGACGUGGACGUGGACGUGGACGUGGUCGUGGACGUGGACGUGGACGUGGUCGUGGUCGUGGACGCGGACGCGGACGCGGAUGUGGACGUGGACGUGGACGUGGUCGUGGACGUGGACGUGGACGUGGUCGUGGACGUGGACGUGGACGUGGACGUGGAGGUGGACGUGGACAUGGACGUGGACGUGGACGUGGACGUGGACGUGGACGUGGAGGUGGACGUGGACGUGGACGUGGACAUGGAGGUGGACGUGGACGUGGACGUAGAGGUGGACGUGGACGUGGACGUGGACGUGGAGGUGGACGUGGUCGUGGACGUGGACGUGGAUGUGGACGUGGACGUGGACGUGGACGUGGACGUGGACGUGGUCGUGGACGUGGACGUGGACGUGGACGUGGACGUGGACGUGGUCGUGGACGUGGACGUGGACGUGGAGGUGGACGUGGACGUGGACGUGGACGUGGACGUGGACGUGGUCGUGGACGUGGACGUGGACGUGGAGGUGGACGUGGACGUGGACGUGGACGUGGACAUGGACGUGGACAUGGACGUGGACGUGGACGUGGACGUGGACUUUGACGUGGACGUGGACGUGGCCGUGGACGUGGCCGUGGACGUGGACGUGGCCGUGGACGUGGCCGUGGACGUGGCCGUGGACGUGGCCGUGGACGUGGCCGUGGACGUGGACGUGGACGUUGACGUGGACAUGGACGUGGACGUGGACGUGGACAUGGCCGUGGACAUGGACGUGGACGUGGACAUGGACGUGGACGUGGACAUGGACGUGGACGUGGACGUGGACGUGGACGUUGACGUGGACGUUGACGUGGACGUGGACGUGGACGUGGACGUGGACGUGGACAUGGACGUGGACGUGGACGUGGACGUGGACGUGGCCGUGGACGUGGCCGUGGACGUGGCCGUGGACGUGGACGUGGACGUGGACGUGGACGUGGCCGUGGACGUGGCCGUGGACGUGGCCGUGGACGUGGCCGUGGACGUGGUCGUGGACGUGGACGUGGACGUGGACGUGGACGUGGACGUGGCUGUGGACAUGGACGUAGACGUAGACGUGGACAUGGACGUGGACGUGGACGUGGACGUGGACGUGGACGUGGACGUGGACAUAGACGUGGACGUGGACGUGGACGUGGACGUGGACUUUGACGUGGACGUGGACGUGGACGUGGACGUGGACAUGGACGUGGUCGUGGACGUGGACGUGGACGUGGACGUGGACGUGGACGUGGACAUGGACGUGGACGUGGACGUGGACGUGGACGUGGCCUUGGACGAGGACGUGGACGUGGACGUGGACGUGGACGUGUACGUGGACGUGGACUUGGACUUGGACGUGGACAUGGACAUGGACGUGGACAUGGACGUGGACUUGGACGUGGACGUGGACAUGGACGUGGACGUGGACGCGGACGUGGACGUGGACGCGGACAUGGACGUGGACGUGGACGUGGACGCGGACAUGGACAUGGACGUGGACGUGGACGUGGACGUGGAUGUGGACGUGGACGUGGACGUGGACGUGGAUGUGGACGUGGACGUGGACGUGGACGUGGACGUGGACAUGGACGUGGACGUGGUCGUGGACGUGGUCGUGGACGUGGACGUGGACGUGGACGUGGACAUGGACGUGGACGUGGACUUGGACGUGGACGUGUGCAAGAACAAGGGCCUAGCGUGUUAA